UUGGAACUGUAACAGGUACAUGGUAUUCUCUACAUCAUUAAAUAUGAUGAUUGUGACUCUUCUCAUCUUAUUUGAAAUAGCCUAUGUAAGCUCAACGGCGUCUUACACACACUGCACUUGCUAUGAAUACCAAGCUUUCUGCAAAAACCGGUUAUCGACCUGGGAUGGCGCCAAACUACUAUGUAAAUCUUUAGGAGGUUGGCUUGCCACCAUAGACACCGAAUCAACGUUCCAACAAAUAAUACAAACCAUUAACGAUGCUGGUAUGAAUACAACGGCAUGUCAUAAAUCGGGAUUCUGGAUUGGCCUUUACGAUCCAACACCUACAGGUACGGGACACACUGGUGACAGCUUAGUAUGGGUACACGAUAUGUGUGAAAGUUAUCAGAAAUGGGCAAGUAAUCAACCUGACGAUGCGACCGGCAAAAAUCCUCUAGGACAAAAUUGCGUUCAGUUAUGCAGUGGAAAUCCAGACGUCUUUACACGUAAUCGCAUCGAAGAAAUCAACGCAUUCACCCAGCAGUAUCGCUACGUCCCAACGAGUGACAACCCCGCCGAUCUGCUAACGAGAGGAAUUACGCCUGUUCCGAGAUAUCUGAACUACAUUUGUGCAUCCAGAUCCUCCUUAUUGACUACAAACAGCAGAACAUUCAAGAUUAUGCUUUCUGCAGGUACAUCUGAGACUGCGACACACCCGUCUAGGAAGGACAGGGCCCGUAGUUCAGCCCCACGCCUACCUGAGGCGAGGGGUGUAACGAAUGGACAAGGUCUCUCUACUGAGUUAGAAUUAGUAAAUGGACUUCUACUUUAUGACUACAAGUUACAGGGUUCCGAAACAACGGUGAUAUGGACGAUUACUACUGCUUCAAGAAAAAGGGAUAUAUUUGCCAGAUACCAAGAUCUUGUACGUGCACAAUCAACAGUGUCACAUCGUCCUAAGAAGAAUUGA